AUGGUGAGUCAUUCGUCCGCUUCCGUCAACUCGACGUACUUGCGUCGAGCGAAAAUUCUCGCCAGCAAUGGCCACAUCAUAUUUGAGUCGGCCAAGGACAGGAACAUCACCUUCCACAUGAAGGGCAGCGGGCACUUGAACAUCGGAGGUCUUAGCGUGGAGUACGUGUUGCGCGCGCUGUCGAAGCUGAUGAUCGAUGGACGGUCCACCGACGGCCAGGCACAGUUCCUAGCGCCCGGCAGUAGCAUCGCGGAGCAGGUCCAAAUGCUGACCACGUACGUCGGGGGCCCUUUCGGACUGAUCAAGCGCAUGGAAAUGCUGGAACAGGAAUCUUCGACGCGCAACGCCACCCAAAUGCACCCUCGCAUCGGAGCCCUCUCGCGGCGUAUCAAGGCGGUGGAAACGAAGCUGGAGGCACUGCAGAGCAGCCUGCGGACCGAUCACUGCCGGAGUGGACCGUGCCAGAAUGGGGGCACCUGCCUCAGCCUGUACGAUUCCUUCGUUUGCCUGUGCCCGAGCAACUGGGAAGGGCAAACGUGUACGACGGACGUGAACGAGUGUGCCCAGUUCGCCGGAACCGACCUGGGGUGCCAGAAUGGAGCGACCUGCCACAAUCAGCACGGUGGCUACUCGUGUAUCUGCGCCGACGGCUGGAGGGGCAUUCACUGCAACAGCCGGACCCAGGACUGCGCCACGGCGGGCGUUGAGCUGUGCGGCCACGGGACUUGCGUACAGUCGAAAGAUGGCUAUCGGUGCAUCUGCAACCAGGGCUGGAAGACGAACGGUGUUACGCCGGCCUGUGCCGUGGAUGUGGAUGAGUGCAGCGAGUCGAAGCCCCACUGCUCGAAGGAUCCGGAAGUCAGUUGCAUCAACCUGCCCGGCAGUUUCGUGUGUGGCGCAUGCCCUGCUGGCUACACGGGAAACGGAUUCUACUGCGUGGACAUUAACGAGUGUGAAACGAACAACGGCGGCUGCAGCACUGCACCGUCUGUUCCGUGCAUCAACACCCGGGGAUCAUAUCGGUGCGGUAGCUGCCCGGCGGGUUACGCCGGUGACGGAAGGACAUGCCUCGCACAAGGUUCGCGGUGUACUCCGGGGCUUUGUCAUCCGAUGGCGCGGUGCGUUGACUAUGGCAGUGCCGUACCGAAUUGUGUCUGCCUGCCGGGAUACACUGGGUCCGGAUUUGGACUGUCCGGAUGUUACCGUUCAACAGCGAACCCGUGCGCCAGUGGCCCUUGCAGGAAUGGUGGUACCUGUGUGAAAACGGAUGCCCAAAACUAUAGCUGCAUCUGUCCACCGGGCACAAAGCCCCCGUACUGUAUGCGAACCACAUCGCCGUGUGAAUCCAAUCCGUGCCUGAACGGUGGAACCUGUGCGCCGUUUAUCAAUCGGUUCGUUUGUAGCUGCCCCGCUGGCUAUACAGGGCCCCGGUGUCAAAUCGUGAGCCGCACGUGUGGCGGAGUCCGAUAUGCGUUGAGCGGUACCCUCCGUUAUCCGGAAACGAACGGGACCUACAGUCACAAUGCGCGCUGUGCGUGGUUGCUCAAAACCAACGAGACCCAGGUGCUGAAUGUCACCUUUACGCAGUUUAACCUCGAAAAUCCCGUCAGCAACGGGGAGUGCAAGUACGAUUGGCUACAGAUUCACGACGGGCGCACGUCGGCCGCCCAGAUCAUCGGGAGGUUCUGCGGCAACCAGUUACCGCACGGCGGCCAGCUGCUGUCCACGCACAACAUGCUGUACCUGUGGUUCCGCUCCGACAACUCGACCGCGCGCGAUGGGUUCGAGCUGAGCUGGGAAAGCAUCGAUCCGGUGUGCGGUGGUACCCUAUCGGUGACCAGCCACGGAAUCAUCUCGUCGCCCGGCAUACCCGGCCACUACCCACCGAAUCGGGACUGCAAGUGGUACCUGACGGCACCGCCCGGGCGCCGGCUCCAGUUCAAUUUCUUCGCGAUGAAUAUCGAAGCUCACGAGAACUGUAACUACGACUUCGUGCAGAUCACGGACGGGGUGCGCGAGGAAGGGGCCCUGCUGGCGAAGUACUGCAACUCGUCGCGCCCGGCACCGCUGACGACACCGGGCAACGAGGCCACCGUGUACUUCCAUAGCGACGAGGACGGUAACGACUCCGGGUUCCUGAUAAGCUACGUCAGCGUCGAGGGGAUACCGGGGUGCGGUGGCACGUACACGCAGCGUGACGGUACGAUCAGUUCACCGCUCUCCGCGACGGACCCGAGCGUGUACCCGAACAAUCUAAACUGUGAAUAUCUCAUCAAACUGCCGGUGGGCAGCCGGGUGGACAUCACCUUCACCAAGUUCCACCUCGAGCAGAGCGAGUCGUGCAAAUUCGACUACUUGGAGAUAUUCGACGGGAGCACCACAAACGAUCCGUCGCUCGGGAAGUUCUGCGGCGACCGGAUACCGCCUGGCUACACGUCGACGGGCAACACGCUGCUGCUCCAGUUCCACACCGACUGGUCGGCCCCUAAUCCGGGCUUCAGGGUGAACUACCGGGUCAAGUGCGGUGGCACGUUUACCGAACCCGGCACGGAACUAGUGUCCCCAUCCUACCCGAUGAUGUAUGCGGCCAACCAGCAGUGCGAUUAUGUGGUGCACGCACCGCUUGGGAAGGCCAUCGCGUUCGACUUUACCGAUUUCGACAUCGAAAGGAACAGCUACCCUCAGUGCGAGCUGGAUUACGUCGAGCUGUACGAUGGACUGCUGCCGACGAACGAAACGCUGCUUGGCCGUUACUGUAGCACCAAGAGCCCGCCGAGGGUGCUCUCGACCAAGAACGUCCUGCUGCUGCGCUUCGUCUCCGAUGGAUCGGUCGGAGGCCGCGGAUUUCGGGGGAAUUUUUCGUUCUUCGACGUCAGCUGCGGUGGGGUCCUUACGCGGGAGGAUAUCAUCAUUCGGUCGCCCAUGAUCGCCGAAACGGGCAACUACCAGCACGAAGCGCGCUGCGAGUGGAUUAUCGUGGCGCCUGCCGGCCACGUCGUACAACUCACGUGGAAUAGCUUCGACAUCGAGCAGAGCGGUGCCUGCGUGUACGACUACGUCGAGGUAUUUGACAACUCGACGCUCGCCAGCAGCCUCGUCGGGCGCUACUGUGGGUCGCAGAAACCGCCGGCCGUCACCAGUACCGGCACGAUGAUCACCAUACGCUUCGUCACCGAUACGUCCCGAUCGAACGAAGGUUUCGCUCUCGCCUUCACGUUUAUCGACGUGGAAAAAUCUUGCGGGGGCAACUACUUUGCAACGAGCGGUAUCAUCCGUUCGCCCGGGUGGCCCAAGAACUACAUGUCCAACAAGGCGUGCGAGUGGACCAUCACGGUGCCGAUGGGCCUGCAGAUACAGCUGCUGGUGCGCUCGUUCACGAUGGAGAAGCACCGAACGUGCCGCUUCGACGGGCUAACGCUACGGAAUGGCGGCACGGAGAAUGCGCCCCUGAUCGGCACCUACUGUGGGGAGGACAACUUCAACGGUACGAUCUCGUUCGGCCACCAGCUGUACCUGCGGUUCUACUCGGACAGUUCACGCAACUACCAGGGCUUCAUGAUCGAGUGGGACGCCGCCACGAUCGGGUGCGGAGGGGUGCUGACGUCCCCACGGGGUUCCAUCAUUUCGCCCAACUAUCCCCUGCCGUACGGGCAGAACGCGCGCUGCGUGUGGCGCAUCUCGGCCAGCGAGGGCUCAGCCAUCCACAUUGUGUUCACCGAUUUGGAUUUGGAGAGCCACAAGAGCUGCCAGUACGACUAUGUGGACAUCUACGAUGGGUACGAUAUGAGCGGCCAGCAGAUGGGCCGCUUCUGUACGGCCGAAACGGAUCCGCUGGUGUUGGACACGCUCACGAACCACGCGCUCAUUCGGAUGCGAUCGGACGACACCAACCAGGGCCGAGGCUUUCAGAUCAAGUACAACGUCAUAUGUCGGCGCAACAUUACCGUCGGGUACGGUGGGGUUAUCGAGUCCCCGAACUUCCCCAAUCCGUACCUACCGUCGAUGGACUGCCAGUGGACGGUGACGGUGCCGCGCGGAAAUCGAAUCGUGCUGGAGUUCUCGCACUUCGAUCUGGAAUCGAUCCAGCAGGGCACGGUUACUAACUCGAGCCAACGCUGCCCCUUCGACUACCUGGAACUGCGCGAGAUGGGUGCAGGAGAUCUGCCCGUGACGCGGCGGUACUGCGCAUCGAAACCACCGUCGAUCACCAGCCAGAGCAACACGAUCGAUGUGAUCUUCCACACGGACAACAGUGGCGAACAGAAUGGGUUCCGCUUGGAGUGGGCCAUCAGUGGUUGCGGUGGACAGUUGAGUAAACCGUAUGGUUACUUCUCAACACCGAACUAUCCGCAACCGUACCCGAAGGAAACCGAGUGCCACUGGCUGAUCGUGACGGACCCGGGCAAGCUGAUCGAGGUGACGGUGGACGAUUUCCACAUGGAAACCAACGACAACUGCCGGUUCGAUGGGCUGAUGCUGUCGAACGUUGUUCAACCCAACCGCGUGCAGAACAACAGCCUCAUCACCGCCAUCUGCCACGAGCAGCAGGAACCGAUCCGGAUCGUGAGCUCCACCCAUCAGCUGGCUGCCAAGUUUUACAGUGACAGCUCCUUCUCAUACAAAGGGUUCCGUGCCACGUACCGAGCGGUCAAUGCGGCCUGCGGUGGCCGGAUCACGCUCCACCAAGGCUACAUCAGCUCGCCCAACUACCCGUCUAACUAUCCGACCAACGCGUCCUGCGAAUGGCUCAUCAAAACCGACGCUUCGCACACGCUGCUCCUGACGAUCAAUGAUUUGGCCAUCGAACGAUCGCCAAACUGUACGAACGACGCUCUGCAGGUUUACGACGGUAGUGUCCGGGCGGCCGAUAAGCUGCUGCUGGUGGUUUGCGGUACGGAAGCGAACACUACGACCGUCACGAGCACCGCACACGAGAUGCUGCUAACGUUCACCUCCAACGAGAUGUACGAAGCGAAGGGUUUCCGGGUCAGCUUCGCCACGAGCUGUGGUUCGCGGAUCGUGGUGAAACAGCCAGGCAACAUUCUGCUCAACAAAGCACACAAAAUUUCAUCCGAGAACUGUACGUGGACACUGGUGGCACCGGAGGAAUCACAGCACGUCACGCUGACCAUCGCCCACAUGACCCUGAUGGAUGCGGAUGAGUACUGCUACGCGACGUUGAAAGUCUACGACGGCGACACCAGCGACGGACCCGUUCGAUUCGAAGCCUGCGGUCACAAGAUUCCGCCAGCAAUCGUGAGCCGCGGUAACGCACUGACGGUCACGAUCAGCUCGAUAGACAUUUAUCUGUCCAGGAUCGACAAUCUGUUCGUGGAUAUCACCUACACCACGCUGGACAAUGCUUGCGGUGGCCGUUUGGGAUCGCUCAUGGGUGAGUUCGCAUCGCCCAACUACCCGGACUCGUACCCGACCGGCGUGGAGUGUAUCUGGGAGGUGGUGGCCUCGGCUGGGAACAAGAUAUCGCUCUACAUCAAAGAGCUGGACAUUGAGUCGUCCGACGACUGCAACGGGGACUACCUGGAGAUCCGGGAGCGUAAUUCGGCCGGCAAGCUGCUGGGGGAUUUCUGUGGCACCGCCGUUCCGACGAACCUGACGGCCGCCAGCAGCCUGUGGAUCAAGUUCCGCUCGACCGAUACCGGCGUGGCGAAGGGAUUUUUGGCCGAGUAUUCGUACGACUCUUUGAGUGAGAUGUCCGGAACGAGUGGCACCAUAACGUCACCCCUGUACCCGCGCAGCUACUCCCGGUCGGAGAGUAUCGGUUGGCGUGUGACGGUGGACAUGGGGUCCGUGGUAGCGAUCAGCUUCAACAGGUUCGCGGUCGAUCGGGCAAGCGAUACCGUGAGCAUGUGCGAUGGAUCACUGACGAUCUACGACGGUUAUGAUGAUGCCGCGACGGUGCUGCUUUCAUCCUGCGGCUACGUAAAACCGGACCCACUGACAUCGACCUCGAACGUGGUCUACAUCGUUCUCGACCACUCGGACGUGAUGGAAUCGUCCACGUUUUCCCUCAACUGGCAGCAGAAGGUGGCGACCAGUGCCGAGGUGUACCCGACGGGCGACGAACUGUUCUGCGAUGGGCACUCGGUCAUAGCGCUCAACGAUACCGAUACGGUGUACAAUGUGUCAUCGCCUGGCUACCCGUACGGCUACAAAUCCGGCCUGAACUGUAGCUGGAUCUUCCAAUCGACCAUUGCGACGUACCACCCGUUCCUGUCGUUCGAUUUCGUCGAUCUCGAAGAAACGAGCGAGUGUUUGGCGGACUACGUAGAAGUGUCCAGCUCGAGUGACCUGGCGACGUGGAAACUGCUCGGGAAAAUCUGUACCUACGGUUACCGGGUGCCGCGCAACUUCCACGGAGCGCCCCAUCUGCGGCUCGAGUUUCGCACGGAUUACUACCUCAACCGGACCGGGUUCACUGGCACAGUGCAACUUAAAUGUGGUGGGUUCUUGACCGAUCCGAAUGGAAUCAUCACACAGCCGCAGGCCAGCGUGAAGGUGGGUCCAUCGAUCGAUCUGCUGGAUGUGUGCAGCUGGAACAUUAGUGUCCGGGCGGGACGCCAGAUAGAGUUCGAGUUUCAGCAGAUCAACAUCAGCGGGCCGGCGGGUCAGAAUGCGCGCGAAGGAUUGGUGGCGAUCAUGAACGGGAUCGACGAGUACGCACCGAUGAUUGCCAUGUACAGUGGGACUGACAUUCCCUCAAACAUUCGGACCGCCAGCAACCGGGCGCUUGUGCGUUUCCUGCCGAGCAUCGGUGGGGUCAGUUCGUUCCGCCUGUUGUACCGUGAAGUUGGCGUCGAGUGUGGUGGUAGCACCGUCCUCAACAGUCAGUACAACACCACGGUCAUCAAAACCCCGAACUAUCCGUCGUUGCCUCCACUGCACAGCGAGUGCGUGUGGACCGUAAUGGCCCCGGCCGGAGAGCUACUGCAUCUGGAGUUUAUCGAUCGUGUUUACUUUAACCGGUUGCUCAGCUGCAACCUGGAAUACGUGCAAGUGCGCGAAGGGCUCACGUCGGCCGCACGGGAACUGCUGCACUCGUGCAGUGGGGAUCUAACGCGUCCCCUAGUGACCACUACGAAUGCGUUGCUGGUGAAGUACUUCAACGAUCGGUCCGACCCGAGCAACGGGUUCCGGGUGCGCGUGUCGCUGACCAAGUGUGGCGGAUCCGUGCGCGGUGCCCGCGGAACGUUGAUGUCCAAGAACUAUCCCCUUCCCGGGGGCUACCCGACUCCGGCGGUGUGUGAGUAUCGCAUCCUGGAAACGGCUCACGGCUCACUCAGCCUAACGUUCGAAGAUCUGAACCUGCCGGUCAGUGAGAACUGUAGCGCGAACGAUAACGUGCGGCUGUACGCCGUGGCACCGGGCGCGAACGAAACGCGCAUCGAUCUGGGUGCGUUCUGUGGCUCGAUACCGCCACCGACGAUCAGCAGCCCGAUCCCGAACGUGCUGAUUGUGUUCACUACGUUUCGGCCGAACACGGUUUACCGUGGCUUCAAGUUGAACUAUGCGCUCAACUAUAGCCGCUGCAGCGGACCGAUCAGAGCGGACUCCGGCGAAAUCACCAACCCGGGAUACGGGUCCGAGGUGACCCCGUUUGCGUUCUGCGAGUGGCUCAUCACGGUCCCGGAGGGCAGACGGGUGAAGGUCGAAUUCGAGGAUCUCGACCUGGAAUCAAACAUACAGUUGAUUGGUUGGUACCAGCGGCUUUCGUUCUACGAUGGCCACACCUACAGCGCCCGCAUCAAGAUGAUCGCAUCAAACACCGACCCGGGGCCCUUGUACUCCAGCGGGAACCGGAUGUUGAUACAGUACCUGUCGAAGGUGUCAACCGGACGGAGAGGUUUCAAGCUGCGGUUCUCCAGCAACGAACCGACGCUCUGCGACGGCGAUCUGAAUGCUGCCGAGGGCACGAUCGAAACACCGGUCAACGUGAGCACGAUGGUGUGCGCGUACAAACGGACCGACCCACUGUCGCUGGAUCCGGCCCAACCGGACACGGGCACGCUGGCGAUGAACUUCCGCGAAAUCUUUGCCGGACCGUUCGAACGGAUGUGCAUCGAGGUGGCCGCCAGCGCCGGCGUAAUGGGCGCCCAGCAGACCGUUAAGCGGUUCUGCAGCAACAGCACCUCGUCGCAGAUGCUACUGUCGCCGUUCGCGAACACCGUCAUCAAUGUGGUACGGAACUCGUACCUUAGCCAGGUGUCGUUUAAGAUGGAUUACCGCGUGCACCAGUGCGGGGGACGGUUCGGUCCGUCAACGGUCAACAUUAGUCGACCACGGGGCGCGUUCGGUGGUGGCGAUCAGCUGCAUUGCGCCUGGUUCGUGUCCUAUCCCGACCAAACACUGAUCGACGUCAGUGUGGCUAGCUUCCGGUUGGAGCUGCCCUGCGACCAAGAGUAUCUGCUCGUCUACAAUGGCCCGUCACCGGCGAACCCACUGAUCGGGCGCUACUGUAAGGACGCACCGGCCAUCGGGUCGUUUGCUACGCACAAACACUUGCUGUUUGUGGAGUAUCACACGGCGCUGUACAACGCGAGCGGCGACUUCGAGCUGCGGUUGGCACCGAAAACGUACGGCUGCGGUGGUACGAUCCACCCGGGCACACCGAUCGUCUCCGUGCCGGUAACGAACGGGAAGUACCUGCCGAACCAGGAGUGCGUUUGGGUGCUGCGUGCGAGCGAGGGUCAGCACGUGGGCGUUAGCUUCGUGAACCGCUUCAGCCUGGAGAAGAGCGCCAACUGCACGAAGGAUUACGUGGAACUGUUCGAUCUGGUACGGGGCGAUUGGGUGAGUCUGGGGCGCGUCUGUGGUAAAGAAACGCCGGGACCGUUCAACGCAACCGGCACGUCGAUGAAGGUGGUCUUCCGGAGUGACAACGCCACCGAAUCGGACGGAUUCACCAUCCGAUGGGAGUCGAACUGUGGAGGCAUUUUCUACGCCGAAGCGCAACCGAACAUCAUCGUCAGUCCCAACUAUCCGGAGAAGUACAACAGUUUGCAGGUGUGCAACUAUACGUUCCUGGCGAACACCACCGAUGGCGGCAUCGAGUUCAACUUCCUGGACUUCGAACUGGAGGACACGCUGCUCACGUCGGUCUGUGCGUACGAUAAUGUGACGAUCUACCGCAAGAUGGAGUACGCCGAGCCGUUGACGUGGGAGAAGAUCGGGACCUACUGUCGCAAGAAUGCCCCGACCCGGUUCCGGGUGAAGGAUCGUGCCGUGAUCGUGCUGCGGACCGAUCGGUACUUACAAGCGCGAGGCUUUAAGCUCGAGUAUCGAUCAGACUCGUGCGGGGGCAACAUCUCUAGCACGCGCCUUAUCCAUAGCCCGGAAAGUAUGCCCAACGAUGGAACAUUCCGACCGGCACAGGUCUGCCGGUGGUACAUUACAAUCCCACCCGGUAUGAAGGUAACGGUGCGGUUCGAAGUCCUUGACAUCGAGCACACCGACGGCUGCUAUUUUAACACGAUCGAAGUGUUUAAGGGACUGGACGCGAAUCAGGACAACCGGUUGGCGUUGCUGUGUGGCAACCUGACCGGGCACGCACCGGUCGUGCCGAUCACCGGCAGCCACGGGUUGGUGGCGUACAAAACGGAAUCCUUCACGACGACGACUGCCAAAAUGUCCGCACUGAUCCUCUUUACGCCCGACUGUGACAAAAAGAUAACGCUUGACGAGCGGUCGCCCCGCUACAACAUGAACGUGUUGGGUAGUGGUAACGAUCACGUGCAGGACUGCCAUUACAUCUUCGAGGCACCAGCCGGAUACACGGUUCAGGUUACGUUUGCACAGUUCCACGUCGGAACGGGACGUAACGUGAGCGAGUGUUCGGAUGAUUUCGUCGAACUGCGCGACGGUGGCAGCGUGUUUUCGGAGCUGAUCGGCCGCUUCUGUGGGUCGCAGAUUCCGCUGGUGCAGAGUAGCUUCGGGACAACGUUAUAUCUGCGCUACACAACCGAUUCGGCCCUAAAAGGAACGCUCUUUGAGGCCAGCGUGGCAAUGGUACCGUCACUGUGCGGUCCGAUGGUGCGCAAUCUUACUGGAGGUGCUGAGUUGACGCUAAACACACCCAACUAUGGGCCGAAUAGCAACUAUCCACCGAACGUGAAGUGUAUGUGGGUGCUGGAGGUACCGGCCGGGAAGCAGAUCGAGCUGCAGUUUGUGCAACUGGAUCUGCAGAGCUACGAUGAAACGGACCGGGAGUGUAAGGACUACAUUGGCAUUCGGGAUUCAUCGCUCAAAUCGAUCAUCUACGAAGGUUUCGGCAACGCCCUGAUCUUUAAUGGAGGAAGUUCCCCGAAAGCCAGCUUCUAUCACGGAACCCGCUAUCCUACCGCCUAUCAUAUGUACUGUGGAACAAACUACCUGCCAAGUGCGUUCAUCUCCAUCACCAACCGUGUCUACGUGACGUUCGAAAGUGAUUCGUCGGUCGAACGCAAGGGCGUAUCGAUGCGUGUGCGUGAGACGAACACCUGCGGCAAGAACUACACCAGCUUGCAGGGCCGCAUUCUACAGAACGAGGUGUCGAAGACGGACCGUUGCACCAUCAUGAUUCAGGUGCCCCAGAACUACACGAUCGCGCUGUACUUUAACAACUUUUAUCUCUACAACGUCGAGUGUGAUAAGCACGCGUUAAAAGUGUACGACGGGGAACGGCUGAUCCGCGAGUACUGCAACUUUGUGACACCGAACCCGGUAUUUAGCACGGGCGACGCGAUUCGGAUCGUGAUGGAGGCGACGAACAAGGACUUUGUGUCGCUAAUGCUCGACGCAACGUAUGUCGCCACCGACCAGGGACAGGGUUGCGGUGGCGAACUGUUCAACUACGGCGGUAUCUUCACUAGUCCGCUGUACCCGUCGAACAAUAGAACACGCAUGGAGUGUCUGUGGACAAUCAGCGUGCCCAACAAUCUGGUGGUGGCACUGCGCUUCGAAGUGUUCGAUCUCGGCAGCAAAUCAUCGUGCGCCACAGACUACUUGCAGAUUCUGGACCGCGAGGGACCGAAUGAGUCUUCGGCCGACGGUAGCGCUGGGGAUGCUGCUGGAGAAGCAAAGGUCAUACGCCAGCACUGUGGAGGUGACAAGCCGGCCAACUACAUUAGUGCAAAUAGCGUGCUUCAGGUGCGCUACAAGAAAACGCUAAACUUUGCCGGCGUUGGCUGGAUGAUUAAGUUUAUGGGCGUCGAGCGGGGCGUAGCACUGAAUGAUUACUGAACGA